ACAAUAUUUUAAGUCUGCCGCUCUGAUUCUUGACGGGCAGCUCAAAGACAAGUCACGGGGGAAUCCGAAAUUUUAAUCCCGCCUCGACGAAGUGCUCCAGCGCUGCAUUCGGCUGGGGCGUGGAGAAAAGUAAAACGUAUACGUAGGUUGGUUGUGAGGACGCCUGAAAGCACGAUGAGCGCCGAGUCGCUGACUUUGGAUUGCAUUAUCCAUCUCUUCUCGUACUUGGAAGUGCCGGAUCUGCUCAGAGCAGCUCAAGUGAAUAAGGCAUGGAACGAAGCGGCAGAGACCACCUUUCUCUGGAGAAAUAUGUGUCUAAAAAGAUGGGCUUUCUGCAAUAUCUCUGUGAUCCCAGGAAUCCACUCUUGGAAAAAGUACUAUCUUCAUCGCUCAAAUCUUGAAUCUAAGAUGACAUCAGGACAGCCUUCUGUUGAUUAUACAUGUAAAGCUAUAAGAGGACACAAUGGAGUGAUACAUGAAAUGGCUUAUCUAUCUGAGAAUGAGCAUAUGUUUGCAACAGGAAAAGUGAAUUCCACUAUAUGUACUGUAUCUUCUGAUGGCACAGUCAGGGCAUGGAAUGUCCAAGAGGGUAAACAGAUUUGGUCUAGUCCCCAACAGGAAUUUCCACUAGUGAAUAUUAUCACAUUUCCUGCAUUUAACCUGGCAGCUACAGCAGACACUCAUGGGACAAUCAAACUCUGGCAUGGGACUACAGGGGAAGAACUUUCAACUUUUUCAGUGUCAUCCACAUCAUGCUGUAUGGUAGCCUACACAAUAAAGAAUAACCCAUUCUUAAUGGUGGGCACUGAAGAAGGCUCACUUUAUACCUUGGCAGCAACUAAUCUAAGCCACAUUUUAUACAAAAAAUUGUUUCAGAACUGUGGUAUACAGUUGUCUCCAUGUUCACCAGAUGGGCAAUGGAUACUUGUUUGCCCUAGUGAUACUGCUUUUUCACCAAAGGUAUUUAACACAUACUAUGCAACUCAGCCAGAAGAUGAUGAUUUGAUGCUAUCUAGUCCUUUACCUAUUACAAAUCAUUGUCAGAUGAUGUGCUGGUUACCAGCUGAAUCAGCAAGAAUUGCCAUUUUGCACAAAAAUGAGAUGUUUCACAUUGAUAGCUUUGAUAUAGUAAUUGAGAAGUCUAAAUACAAAAAGAAUGUUACAGCUAAACAGGUUGCAAGCUUCACACUACCAGCCCAACAGCAGAUGACAAGUAUGAAAGGAUUUGGGAAACAAACCCUUCUUAUAGCAGCUGGACCAGAACUGACAGUAUACUCUCUGAGCGGGACUGUAUUGAUGGUUUUCAAGGAUCAUCAUAAAAUUAUUACAUCUAUUUGGGUGGAUCCUUUUCAUGUCGUGACAUCUUCCAUGGACCUUUCACUCCGUGUAUACUUCUGGAAAAAUUACAAAUCUUCUUUGUUGACAAGUUGCUAUCAUUUAUUGGGAGGAUCUCACAGAUGGUCAAGUGGCUUCAGAUCUGUGGCAUGCGAUGAUGUCAGCAUUGUUGGACUAGUGGCUGGAAUUGAUGGCAAAGACAUUUUAAGAGCAUAUUCCUUUCAUCUGUAAGAGUUCCAUGCACUUCUGUUUCACUCUAAACAUUUUCCAUCAAGUUGUCCAACUCAAAUGAUAAUAGAAGCAUGAUUGAAAUCACUGAAAUUAAUUGACUGAAGUGAUCGAUUACCUUUUCAACAACCAAUUUGACUAAAUUCCACUUGGCUUGAAAAAGAUCCACAAGAGAGCUUUGUUUAGUUUUAUUAAAUGUAUUUUAUACCUUAUAUGUGCGUGUAUAUAAUUUUAGAUUCUGUGUUUACAUACACUUGUUUUGCUUUUUCUAUUUUUCCAUUUAUAAUUUUUUACUUUCUAAAGAUUAUAUCUGAAUGUACAAUAUAAAUUAUACUCUCCCAAGUUUUUGUGCAUUGUGGGGAAAAAAACUUCAUAGGCUAAAUAUGGUCAUUAUAAAUAAGCAGGUAAUUUGUUCACUGCGUGAAAAAUGUGUAUUUCACAAUUUCACAGGGAUCACCAAAAGUUAUGAACUAGAUUAGGGGUGUCAAACUAGAUUUCUUCAAGGGCCAAAUCAGCAAUGCAGUUCUCCGUGGGCCCGCUGGAAAAGUGGUGGGGCGGAGAGAUGGGACUGACGCCUCCUGCAGCACUCUGGCAGCCGCCAAAAUGGGGCGCCCUGUUUUUGGCCUGGAUGGACUCCCGCACUCUGCCGGGCAAAAUGGGGCACAGGGAUUCACACGCAGCCUCCCACACCCCAUUUUGGCUGCCAGAGGCUAUCACAGGCCGGUUCUUUGCUAUUUCCAGGCUGGUCCCGGGGGCCAGAUUUAAGCACCCUGCAGGCCAGAUUAGGUCUGCAGUCCUUGAGUUUGACACCUUAUUGCCCUAAUGGUAUUUUCAAUUGCUUUCUGAAAUCUUGUUCCUUGAGUUUAACAGCUAUCUGAGCUUGAAUAGGGGUGCUUUUCUGUUCUCUUGUGUUGUUUGCAUAUUUAUAUUCUGCACUGGGAAUCAUGAGUCAGACUGAACCAGAAGAGGAAGGCUUAGAAUGGAGCAGUUGACAACAUUUCAAUAUAUCUGUCCAAUUGUCUUUCCCAGAUGAAUAAAUUAGGAGAAACAAAAUUUGGGAUUCUUUUUCUCCCAGGGUAGGAGAAUCUGAUUCUUCUCCAACACCUAUUAUAGUCCUCUUUUGUACAAUUUUAGGAGUUACUUUGCUGAUAUGUAGGACAUAUCUCACUCUCCUUUACAUAGAACAUAGUUGCUUAGGCAUUCCAACAAUUAAUCUAUUCUAAACUAUACAGAGGCUUUAUUGAAAUAUAAACACAUAUUUAGAUGAUAAAACCAGAAAAUAUUAGAAGGGAAUAUAAGACACACAAUCUCUCUCAAAACUGAAUUUCUAUUUUAUUAUGAAAAUACAUACAUACAUACAUACAAGAGCAGUAUUAGACUUAAAAUGAGUUUGAAAUCACAACACUUCUCCACAGUAUACAGGUACUUUCUUUUUUUCUUUUUUUUGGUUCCUACAUUCUUCUGGCAAAGGGACAAGAAUGUUUCAUCAAGGUGGUUUAAGGAACCUCUGCAUUAUUUGGUUUAUUUGAUUCAAGGAACAAAAAUGUAAUGGUAAAUCUUGCAAAUUUAUAGAAUAACUUAGUUUAGGAGCACGUAAUUCGACCAACUAUGAUCCUGUUGUGAUAUUAAAGCCCUAAGAAAGGCAGCAGGUUGUAUAGUUAACUCCUUAUAGGCAAAACCACUGCCCUAAAACUAUGCAACCUACUACCUCUUCCUAGGAACCCCACCAUUUCUUCAUUCUUCUAAAAAAAAAGUCAUUAUGAAAAGUUAUGCACAUCUUUAAAGAUUAUGCAGUAUAAAACACAUGCAGAUUCAUUACCAUUGUUCAUUUGUGGUAAACAGGAAACAUCCUUAAGUAUUAAAUAUUUUGAUAUCCUAUCAAAUGAUUAGUA